UGCAUUUUUCAGUGGCAUGUAGCUGCUUGCUGAUACCGUUCCCCAGAACGAAUGCCCUUUGGGAGGCGUGCCGAGCUGGGCUACAUGGGGCCUGACUUGCCCUUAGCUUGAGUUGAGAAAGUCUCUAGCCCUUAAUGUUAGUCUGCGGAAAGCUUAGUAAUAACCUGUAGGGUAUUUAUGCAGCCUGUUUCUUUCCUUGCGUGGAAAGACGCAGGGAUAAAACGGGCUGAGUUUAUAGUCUGCACCGUUUCUGGGCAUGGAAUGAGCAAGGUGUGCGUGUCACAAUUAAUGGGAUAGCAUCCGAAUAAAGGUACCCGGGUCCCUUUCCGCGAAGCUGUCUUGCACCUGCGUGUUGUUAAUCGCACCUUUCCAUCAAGAAACACGAAGGUGUUGUAAAAACCCAAUUGAUUCAGCGCUGUUCGUUUGCUUUUGGUCCUUCGCGCCUCUGGAGGACUGGAGCUAGGCUCGUUGUCUCCGAUUGCCAUUGAGAGUCUGGUGGGUGUGCGUGCUCCUACGCUAUCCUCUUGGGCUUGGGGGUUUGUGCAGCGGCAGAGGAACGUGGGAGUUCAGAUGGAUGGGAAUAAAGAGCUACUUCCAUAAUCCUCUAAUGUGUUUUUGAUGGAGCCUCCCGUCAUGCGUGCGAUGCCCCGGAGCUGUUUGCUCUUUCCGUCCCUAUGCUGACUGUCUGAAUGCACGAGGCGGUGUAGCACAGCGGCACUUGGAAGUUUUAAGGGACGGGAUUUUGCCAAACUGAGAACAUCCUUACCAUGGGUUGUGAUCACAGACUAAACCCCGUUUUGUUUUCUCGGCAGCAUCUGCCAAGGCUCAUGGAGAACGGCACACUGAACCCAAUCAUCCGAGAUGUCUACGCGGCGGCCAGCCACCUGCAGCAAGCGUCGGUCGACGCGUCCGUGAAGAAUGGGAACGGCUGCAGAGAUCUGAUGGUCAAACUGACGGAGGGGCAGUAUGUGCUGUGCCGCUGGACCGAUGGGCUCUAUUACCUGGGCAAGAUCAAGAGGGUGAGCGGCUCCAAACAGAGCUGCCUGGUGACCUUUGAAGAUAAUUCCAAGUACUGGGUCCUCUGGAAGGACAUUCAGCAUGCUGGUGUCCCUGGAGAGGAGCCAAAGUGUAACAUCUGCCUGGGAAAGACGUCUGGGCCCAUGAAUGAAAUCCUCAUCUGUGGGAAGUGUGGUCUAGGCUACCACCAGCAGUGCCACAUCCCCGUGGUGACCAGCAGCGGUGAGUCGGUGUUGACGCCGUGGUUCUGCCGGAGAUGCAUAUUUGCCCUCGCCGUGCGGAAAGGCGGUGCCCUGAAGAAGGGAGCCAUCGCCAAGACGCUGCAAGCUGUCAAGAUGGUGCUGUCCUACAACCCGGAUCAGCUGGAGUGGGAUUCCCCGCACCGGACCAACCAGCAGCAGUGUUACUGCUACUGCGGGGGCCCAGGAGAGUGGUACCUGAAGAUGCUCCAGUGUUACCGCUGCAGGCAGUGGUUCCAUGAGGCCUGCACCCAGUGCCUUAGUGACCCCAUGAUGUUUGGAGACCGGUUUUAUGUCUUUUUCUGCUCGGUGUGCAACCAGGGGCCAGAAUACAUCAAGCGCCUGCCCUUGAGAUGGGUCGAUGUGGUCCACUUGGCCCUCUAUAACCUGGGUGUGCAGAGCAAAAAGAAGUACUUUGACUUCGAGGAAAUCUUAGCCUUUAUAAAUCACCACUGGGAUCCUUUGCAGCUCGGAAAGCUCACGGGCACCCCCCUCGCAGAAAGAGGCCCGCACCUUCUCAAUGCACUAAACAGCUAUAAAAGCAGAUUUCUCUGUGGCAAGGAAAUCAAGAAGAAGAAAUGCAUCUUUCGCCUGCGGAUUCGCGUCCCGCCGAACCCUCCCAGCAAGCUCCUGCCGGAGAAAGUCCCAGGCAUGGGCGAGACCAGGCCCUCGGAGCUGAAGAAGAGAGGAAAAAGCCAAUACGCCCAUAAAAACAGUUUGCUGCCCCAUGAUUUUCAACAGCAGAAAAGGCGAGUUACUAGAAGAAAAAGAUCAAAAUUUUUGUUGGAGGAUGCUAUUCCCAGCAGCGACUUCACGUCUGCCUGGAGCACAAACCACCACCUGGCCAGCAUAUUCGACUUCACGCUGGAUGAAAUUCAGAGCUUGAAGAGUGCCAGCUCAGGUCAGACUUUCCUCUCUGACCUGGAUUCCACGGACGCUGCCAGCACGUCGGGCUCCGCAACGACAAGCCUGUCCUACGAGUCGAGCAGGAGGAACGUGGGCAGCCGCAAGCGCAAGCUGGCCGCCAAGGCGUACGCCCCGGUGGGAGCGAAGAGAAAAGGUGUCGAGGCAGGGGGGGCCCUGAACGGCUGCGCCUCGGAGAGCAGCGAGACGGCCGGCGCCCCCGAGCGCCAGGACGACGGCAUCGACAGCCACACCUUCGAGAGCAUCAGCGAGGACGACUCCUCCCUCUCCCACCUCAAGUCCUCCAUCACCAAUUACUUCGGCGCUGCCGGCAGGCUGGUGUGCGGGGAGAAGUACCAGGUGCUGGCUCGCAGGGUGACCCCGGAGGGGAAAGUCCAGUAUCUGGUGGAAUGGGAAGGCACCACCCCCUACUGACCCGCCGGCCCCCCGGACCAGCCUGGGGAACGCUCUUGAGAUGAAACAAAAUAAUACGUAUAAAUAAAACCACCCCCAUGACCUAAACCAAAGGAAGAAGGGAUGCGUGGGUGACCAGGGCCCCACGCUGGGCACACACUGAUGGGCAAGAGCUUGGAAAACUCCCCUCCUACCCGCUGCGGGGAGCGUGAGCAGGGUGCAAACACAGCCAACGCUGCUUGUACCAGAGCAGGACACAUCUAGGGAACGAUGAUGGACGCAGAGCAGGGAGGCGUGGAGGUGAUUGGACUCAGUCAGCCGCAGCUCCCGGUGGCUGGACCGGAGAGACUUGGUUUUUAAGAGGGAUUGUUAUUUUCCUGCUCACCUGUAUGCAUCCAGCAUCGCCUGGUCCUGUUUGUCUGACCUGCCCGUCGGCCAGGCUGGGGGCACCGUCUCCGUGGUAGCGAGAGCGAUUAGUGGUUACGGCUUUUCGUGGUGACGCUCUGCUGCCGCGUGGAGGCACGGUAGGCCGCCUGAACCAGCCUACACCUGGCUUGUACGGCACACGUUAACGGGCUGGGGGAGCCACCGCGACGAUGGGCCAGGGGGGUUGAACGGAGGAAGGAAGACCAGGUUGUAUUGGAGCGAGUGCCGAGUUACCCCUGCCACCGUAAAACAUGCAGAGGAACCACAUCCAGUCCCCAUGGGCACCAGGGUCUUAGAGCCGCACCCAAGCCUUAAAUGACGGACCCAAAUGGUCCUGUUGCUACAGCAAAAAUUACCAGCCUAACUAGCUCUUUCCUGCCUGAGAAACCAAGUACCACAUUCUUGCGCUGAUAGGAAACGCUGGGCAAGCUGAUUCUUGCCAAAGCUCUUCUAUAUAGUAUUUGCCUUCUCAUCCUAAACCCAUUCAUUAAGGGGUUUAAAAUGAGCAAAACUGCCCUAGCUGUAUACUCCUUGGUCAUAUGCAUCCAGCUUUCACAGCCGCAGGGCAGACUGGCGGUCCGGUUGAGAUCUGUCCCGUGCCUUGAAGAGAGAUGACGACGCGUGGCCCCAUUAGCUUGUUCUCGUGACAAUCACAGUCUUGGAAUGAAUCCGACAAGCCGUACGAGCUCGCCUUAAAACGAACAAGGGCAUUUCUUGCAUUGCUUGCACUGUGGGCAUCUUCCCUGUAACAAAGCCCCGGGCAUUUAUUUUUGUAGAGACCUUUGUGUCGAAUGCUGCCAAAUGAGUACUGACAAACCAAAAAAACCCGCCCGGACAAAACCGAGGAAUGUGGCUGCGUCUCUGUUAAUGGAAGUGGAAGGGUUGUGGAGGGCGGGGGGGAUCUCUGUUUUGCUGCUUAUGGAUACAUAACCAUGCGUACUGCUACCUGUAUUGCCUGACAUGUGCCAGACGAACCAAAUCCUUCUGCUUGCUACACCUGCCCUCUCCCCUGGCUGCUCCUGUACAUGUAAUGAUAGAGAGGGGGUGUCCUUGCAAAGCAAGGAAGGGAGAGGAAGUGCAGUAGCACAAGGGGCAGAAGAGCCAAUGUAAUAAAUUAUUGGGAGGUGAGCCGUGUUUUCCAUUAUUGGGAUUGAGUCCAUGCCUUGCUAAGCCGAACUCUGGGAUUCAGCAUCCUGACGUAAAUUCCCUUGUCUAAUAGGAAGCAAGUGGCAGGCAGUUUAGGCACCAAAUGUAGGGUUUUUAACGUAUAUAUUCACACACACACUUUGUUUUACAAACGCUAAUAUCAGAAGAAAUCUUUUGGCUAGAUUUAAACCUUCAGUGUUCUUCCUGCCCCGUUUUCUGACCGUUCAACCUUCACAGCCUGAUUGAAACGAUGCAAAGCACGAACCUGACAGACCUGUUUAAUUGUCCAAGCAGAGUGAAAUGCAAAAAUUUUAAACAUCAGCCAUAAAUGGUGAAAGGCAUCUGUGUUUAUGAAUUCUUGUGCCUUUAAUAACCCCUGUAGGAAAUGCUUCUAUCAGUGUCUGUGAUUUUUUUUUUUUAUGACUUGACAAGGGCAAGAUGAACUGAGAAGCUCAUUUUAUUGGGAAAAGAAAUAUUUCCAAGCCUGGACCAUUUGGGGUGGGGGAAGUGAUCGUCCACUCAGGUGUAAAUCAAGAGUGAAACUCGAGGUGAAAAGAAGAUCCGGCUCUGUAUUUGGCCCCCCAGAUUUAAGUACAAUUCCCAUAAUGAAGGCAGAACUUCCCAAGUGAUUGCAAUAUUGCCUUAGUAGGACACAUCAAUAUUGCAAGUAAAGGAUCAAAGUCUGGUUCUUAACUCGCACUUAAAUAACUUACUUUUAAAAUAAGAGUGGAAAAUCCCCUUUUUUUUUAUGUGCUCACCAGAAUCGGAAAUGAAGGCCCUGUAGUUCUGCUGAGCCAGCUCCCUUGCUACCACCCAGAAGCAGCCAGCACAGCUCCGUCUUCUCCUCGGGGUGUGGGAGAUGGGCUGGAUUUUGACCCAAUACGUUCAGAGAUUUUCCAUUGCCUCCAAUGGAGUUUGUCCGGUUUACUUCAGAAUAACUGGGAUUGGACUCUGGCCUGUUGUCAGCUGCUGUAACAGAAGUGCAGGAGCCUGCACGUAUGUCCUGAGAGGUAAAAAGCCUUUCAGUUCAUCUCUCUGGUGUCUGAUGUGAUCUGCUGCCUCCGAGUGGGAAGCAGGCUCUGCAGUUGGGACUGGUUUGAGUCCAGCGGGGGGAGACCGACUUUAAAACCAGUGUUAUGAUGUCUCUACUAGCUAGGAACAGACAGUGCAUUGGUCCCUGGACAAGUUGUCCCAGAACAGAAAUAUCCCAGGAUUGGCGUGGACACACAUCACCCUGCUAAUCAAGGUUUAAUGAGUGGCUGAAUGCACUGGUGCUUCCCUACCACUGAUUUAGUGAUGCUAUCCCGGGACAGCCAUUCAGAUGCCACUUUACAAUGUCCCAGGAUAAUGGUUAGCAUUUCCUAUCCCAGGAACCUUUUUAGGAUUUAUCCCGGGACAACACACAUGGACGUCUGAAUGACUGUACUUGCCCCAGAACAAAAUGGUGUAUCCUGAGACGAAUGUGAUGUCUGUUUGCAGCCUUCGGAUAACCUAUUCAAGUGCAUGGGAAGCAUUUGUAGCCUCUUCAUGUCAGUGAAGCGAAGCUGAGCUGGCCCUUGCAGCCAGCUCUCCACCUAGGCUUGCUGGCGUGGGUCCAGUUGCAAGAUCGGGGCCUUUCUCUGCAUGCUAAUAAGUCUCUUUGGGCCUUACUCAAACCCGCUGAAGUCAACAGGACUUUCCAGUAGCUGCAAUAUAGACUUUGGGUUGGGCACUUUGGAACAAAAGCUGAUUGUGCUUUGUUUUCUCCCCUCCUGUUUCACACAGUUAGAUGAAGUGUCCAAGUUGUGUGGCUGGUCCGUCCCUUGCCAGAUAAGUGCUUUGAUCACAUCCUAAUAGCCAAAGAGGCAGUAGGAGGAUAAACCUGAUCCUUGGUUUUAGCACGUACUACAAGAGCCCCAGGGUAACUGCUGAAAACCACAGCCACAUUCCUUCUGCAUUUGAAAUGCAGGUGGGAUAAUGCCCACCGCUUUCCAAAGGUGAAGAGAAGGAGCUUGGCCUCCAAAGGACACUUUGCACAUCCAGAGCGCUGUUGACUGCCGUAGUCUCUGCUGCACGAAGCUCAAGGUGCAACAGGCCAUUUGGGUUUUAGAUCUGACAGAGCAGGGGAGUAGGCUCCAGGUGGAGGUAAUCAGAGCUUUAAAAGACAGUAGCAAAAAGUUCAUUCUUCUGGCCAAGAUCUGACACCCCACAGGCAUUGUCAGUGAGGACCUGCAGGGCUGGUGUCCACAGACUCAGGCUCUGCAGAUGCAUUAGCAGGAGGGCCCGUCUCGGUCCUGCUACAGUCAUUACUGGUGCAAUCAGUAGACGCACAAAGAAUGAGGUCUGAGCUUGCCAGGUGCGGACUCUCCUUUUCCAGCAGAAGAGCUGGGCUGUGGCUGGUAGCGAUGUGGAGAUCUAGCAGGGCAGAGUGCAAGAGAGGGGUUUAAGUAAAGGCCAUGGAUUUAUUUUAUUUUCCAGUGGGGAGUUUGGCUCCAACGUCAAGAGCUGAUCUGGUUUCUAGGUGGGGAGCGGUUUCUCUGUGAGAACAACCGGUGCUCUCUGCUCCACCGGUCACUCCGAGGGGUCUGCUUGCUCCGUCAGGGGCUGACGGGGCAUUUUAGUGCACGGUGUGCUUGUUCUCCCUUGGAUUUUUGUUACCAAAUGUUCAUUUAAUGCAUUGACCUUUCACAAGUGCCUGCAAAGCUUUGGAGUACUAAGUCAGUGAGUCUCAACAGGGUGCUGCAGCAUUGUAGGAUGCCUUGAGGUCCUUUGAGGGGUGCCGCUGGGAGUCACCCAGUGUUAGCACUGGUAGGUGUGCCUUCACGAUUUGCAAAGAGGAAUCCACAGUGUUCAAACCAUUCUGCCCCAUUGGGGUCUUCCUUGAGCUCUUUGCAAAGGAAGAAUUGCUCUGUUGUUUUUUCUGUAGUCAAAAAUCAAGUGACAAUUCAGAGGGGUGUCUUGAGUCUGCAAAGGCUGAGAACCCCUGGUCUAAGUCGCUGCGUGGGGUGGGGGAUGCCGGGCACCGUAGAGCAGCGCCGCCGGCACGCGCAGGCUUUUUAAAUCCUUGCCGGGCGCAAUCUGAGAAGCCAUCGCACAUUCAAACCCAUCCUUGCCCCAGCCAGCUGGCACCGCGCAGGCCCUGCCGGCAAAUCCCCACCCCCAGUUGGCUGCAGAGGUGAAGGGGGGAGCCUUUAAAAAGAUUUUAUUCCAGAGAAUAUUUUGCGUUAGGCCUCAUAGAUCUUAUAACAAUUCUUUGCACCUUCUAAAGAUUUAUGAUUUCAAGUUGCUGCUUUUAAUAACCAACUUUUGUUGUAUUCGAGUUGUAAUUAAUGUGUCUGAUGUACAAUUAAAAAGUCUUUUUUAACAUCA